CGUCGGCGCACUCGAUUUGUAAAAUAAACAAAAUGGUUGACGAAUUUUGCACAAAACAACUCAAACAUAUAAAUAAAAUUUAAAGUUUUAAACAAAAUAUACAAUAUGUCGAAAAAACCUAUAGUAGACGUAUUCCAAACGAAAACUACUCGAAAUGAUCGUUUUGCCCAGAUGUCCCAUCAAGAAAAGGUUAUAGAGCAAAAGAAGAAGGAAAUUCAAGCUCGAAUAGAUCAAAAACUGAAAAGCACAACCAGUGUGACAAGUAGUACAGAUUCAAAAAGUACAACUACAAUCUCAUCAGUAAAGCAAAUAAAAAUUUCACCAAAACUCGAUAUGAAGAACUACAAUCAGUUUUCCAAUGACGGUUCCUUUAUGGAUCAGUUUAGGCAGUUGAAAGACAAGAAAAUUGAUCAGAAGUUGAAAUCGUUUAGGUCUCUUCAAGAUAGAAACUAUAAUGACGACCGAAGCAAUAAAAGUAGUAGAUGGUCACAUAGACAUCGAUCACCUUCUCCUAAGGCGAAAAUAAAAGUAUCUCGAUUUACCGAUAAGCUCCCUACUGUUGCCGUUGAACCUAAGAUUAAUAUUUCGACAACUUAUACCAAUUUAAUUUCACAAGCAAAUUUUAAUGUCCAACCUCAAAUUCCACCCCAAAUUUCAAUUGCUCAAAAUGUAAUAGGUCAGCCUUUAAUGAAGACGGACGUUCUUCCUCCACAACUUCCUUUCCCUCCCAAUGUUCAAACUUCGACUUCUGUGAUAGUAGCACCACCAGUAAUGUUAACGGUUCCUCCUCCCCAGGUUAUACCACAAUCGGUUACUGGAACAUUACUGGCUUCUCCUGUUUCUUUAACUGCGACUACCAUUCUAACAUCAGUAACGAACACGCUUGCAAACAUACCUCCGCCCAGUUUAAUCACAUCAUUAAUUCCACCUUCCACUUCCGUUUCAUUGCCAAAUAACGUUAAUCUGUGUUCUCCUGUUUUAGAAUUGGCCUCAAUACCGCCACCGAAUCCAAUUCAAAUCCAAAAUAUUCCUCAACCGGAACCAAUUAAUACACACAACAUACCUCCUCCCGCUCCCUUGCAGGUUCAAAAUAUUCCGCCACCUUCCCCAAUUCAAUUAAAUGAGAUACCAAACCCGAAACCCUUAGAUGUGAUCAAUAUACCUACCCCUGCUGAAGGAAGUUGCAUUGAGAAAACCAUGUCUGAUCCGAAUUUUAUAAAAAACAUACCACCUCCUAAUAAAUCAGUUCCUCCACCCAGUCUACAAGACACGACUAUAAGUGUGAAUAUAUCGGUCCCGCCACCAAAUGCACUUCAUUCCACGUCAAUCCCUCCUCCUCAAAGUGUGGUAUCAGUGCAAAAUAUUUUACCUUCGCAAAACAUUGUUGUGCACUCGAUUCCACCCCCACAAAUCAUUACUACCCCCUGCAUUCAAUCCUUGCCUACCGUCCAGAAUGUCAUAGUAUCGCAAAUAACUCCAACCACCGUCCAAAGCUAUGCACCACCGCCGCCGCCACCGCCCCAAGUGACAUUUACUCCGCCAUCAUCGAUAUCUGUCGCACUAUCCGUUCAAAAUUCCGCAUCAGUGGGCGUAAUAACCGCCACCCCCACACCCACAGUUAUUCCGUCUCUGUUGGCGCAACCCGUUUUACCUCCACCAAACGUGAAUAUUACCGCUCUUCCUGUUAACAUACAUUGCCCGCCACCUGUUGUUCUUACUUCAACGGCGACAGCACCUUUAUGCACUAUUCCUGCAUCUUUCGUUAACCAACCUCCUCCAAUUACCACCCAAUUACCUCCUAUUAAUAUACCACCGCCUACAGCUACACCAAUGCAGUCGUUUAAAGAUUUAUCGUCAGUGUGUCCCCCAGGUACCUCCGAGUUUGAAGCCAUGGCUUCGUUGGGUCGUAUGGUGGCUCAAUGUGGACCAGGCAUAGAGGACAUCGUUCGUGAACGCAAGCCUCAAGAUCCUAAUUUGUGGUUUUUAUUCCACAAGGAAUCGGCAGCCUAUCAACAAUACUUGCAGCUAAUCGAACAAUCCAAAUUAGAGAUGGGAAAAAUGGAGGUGAAAGUUGAAAAUUAUAAACCCGAAGAUAUAUAUGAGCCUGAGAUGGCGACUGACGAUGACUUAUUUACCACUAAACCAGAGGUGUCAAUUUUCCAAGUGCAGUUUACAAAAACGGAAAGACUGCAAUCUCACAGUGAUGAGGAUGAGCUGAAUGGAGAUACGUCACGCCGUAAACGCAAGAGUCGAUGGGGAAGCAAGGAAUUGUCAAUACCACCACCGACCAUAAUUGGUGACACUUUUCCAAUUCAAAUUUCAUUAAUGCCUACAAUUAAUUCGCCUUGUGUCAAGCUUUCUAAAAUUACUAAAAACGAUCCUCAUCUCAUACAAUAUGUACUCAACGUGUACGGAUCCACCAACCUAUCGGAGGAGGAGUGGAAAAAGGCGGAGGAGAAUUUUAAAGUUAAUCUUGUUUAUCAAGAAAUGCUUAGAAAGAAGGAAGAAAAUAAUCGCCUCGCACAAGUAGGUAAAAACAAAUACGAGUAUGACUCCGAUGAAGAAACGGAUGGUGGAACUUGGGAACAUAAACUUCGAAUUCAAGAAAUGAGCUCUACCCACCAAUGGGCGACCGAGCUUACACGAAACGCGGAGGGGAAACAUCAUAUUGGAGAUUUUUUGCCGCCAGACGAAUUAAAACGGUUUUUGGAAAGUAAUUCUGCUUUCAAGGAAGGUCGUCCGAUGGAGCUGUCCGAUUAUAAAGAUUUUAAGUUAAAAGAAGAUAAUGUCGGUUUUAAGAUGCUUCAGAAGCUUGGCUGGUCGGAAGGGCAGGGUUUAGGAGUUAAUGCUUGUGGUAUUGUCGAUCCAGUAAAUAAAGGUGCAAUUCGUGAUCAAAAUCAAGGUCUGGGGGUGACCAACCCAAGCAGCAUGGAUACAACAGAUGAUGAAUAUGACGCUUAUAGAAAAAGAAUGAUGCUUGCAUAUAGGUUUCGACCUAAUCCAUUAAAUAAUCCUCGGCGACCUUAUUAUUAAAGUGUAUAUAGGUUUCCUAUUGUAAAUAAUUGUACAAAUGCUAGUAUUAAAUGUUACAUAUUUUUUA